CACCCACACGGUCCAACUUUAAAGUGAGAAUAGUGGGCGACCCCUUUGGACCUCUUCUUCGUUCUAUUCCUCUUCUGUGAGUUAGAAAGAGAGAGAGUGUGUGUGAGAGAGGGAGAGAUCCGUGGCGCGCGAAAUCGCUGGUCUUGAGAGAGCUGGCGAAAAAACAGGAGGUGAGAGAGAAGGGUGUCGUUAGGAUCGUCCAAGGCGCCGCACGGUUCUGCGAUGAUGAAGGUCGUCGCACGCUGCUGGUCGGCCGUUGCGCUACAGCUGUGCUUGGCGAUGUGCUUUAGCGGCGUGUCGUCGACCCCAAGCUUCCCGGGCUGCGACGUCAUGAAGCCGGAGGAUGCUUUGUCUCUCGGGGAUGGGGUCUGCGACAUGCUCUACAACAUCCAAGAUUGUGGCUACGAUGGAGGAGACUGCUGCCCCUGCACGUGCCUGGGCAGACGGGACCGGGGGCAAGAUUCUGCGGCAGACGACGCGUGUGGCUCGAGCGGCUAUCACUGCCUCGACCCAAUGGCUCCCUGCUUGGCCGAGCACGAGACAGCGCUCCGCGAGCUGCAGUCGGGAUCUGACGCGGAUACAGGGUCCACCUACACAAACGACGGGUCUAACACGGGCGAAGGAUCUUACGCCAACGAAGGAUCGUACACGGACGAAGGAUCUUACACGGAAGAAGGAUCGAGCACGGACUCGCGUAGCCCCACAUCGGCCCCCACCGGGGCCCCCACCAUGUUUUCUAACGAGGACAUCGUGGACGCCUUGUCCACUGCCGCCGAUGGCCUCUCAGGCAGCGCCAUCUGGGCAAUCGUUGGGGUGUGUCUCGUCGUCGUGCUCAUCGGUGGGGCGAUCUACCUGCACAAGAAGCACGGUGGUAAUGGAGGCGGUGGCAGCAAUGCCCCCAACUAUGCGGCCGCAGACUCGGCGAGCCUCACGUAGUUGAACCUGGUCCGAACGCGCGGACAACGAGGAAAUCAUGUGCAUAGCUCCACGGGUGGUGUUGAGGUACGCUAUUAUAGCCGUACCUGUGGUUGCCGUCGUUUGAACCUUGGCUCUCACGAUUUGAUGCGCCCUCCAACCAACAGUCAGCCACGCCGUGCCGUCACAACGAGAUUUGGUUUUUCAUACUUCAGACCUUUGUGUCUUGUCAUUUUGUUUUCUCCAUUUUGCAAUUUUUGGUUUGAGCUACGUAUGCACCACGCGGAUCACAUCCCUAGAUGUUUUCGCCGUGAGCCGUAACCUCCCCCCCCCCCCCCCCCCCCCCCCCCCCCCACCCCCCCCCCCCCGGCUCCCGCUGGUGCCCUCCUUCGCUGCUGUUCGCCUCCCAUACAGUAUGCCACCCCUCCAAUGUCNCCCCCCCCCCCCCCCUUCACAGCCUAUUAGGUAUUGUCUAAAGUCAGGAAAUUCCCACGUGGUCGGUAAGCACCUUGGUAGCAUUGCCUACGGUUUGUAUGGUGCGGAGCUCACAAGGACGUGGUCGUUUUGCUUAGAAGCGUGCUUGGCUACUAUUUCUAGCCGUUCGAAGCGCUGUUAAUAUGCGUUGUGGUUGCCAGCGUGCACGCAUCUGAAUGCUGCAGUGAUUGUGGCAGUUGCAGUGAUCGCAGCAGGUCUUGCUUGAUCGAUAGGCAAAGUAGGGAGGGUCUAUAGUUUCAUUUGCGCGUCCUGGAGUUACAUGCAGUCUGGGGCAGAGCGCCAUCUCCUUCAUGAUGCCGCGAGCAGCAAAUAUUCGUUUGCCUCUUGUUUCAUUCCGUUGGUGUAACACGCGUGUAAAACACGCGUCUUUCCUCCAUUUUGCUUCUAGUGAGGUUAGGCUGGCAGGUGGGACAUGCUGACGACACACACUUGCCAACUUUUCGGGGCGUUGGAUGAUAAUAGCUUUUUCUGUAUGUUGUCGUCUGCUUGUUUUUGCCUUGAGUAUCACCCAGUUGGAUCCAUGGGAUCCACCUCGUGUCUCUGAAAUUGUUACUCCAGGAAUAUUUAUGUUGGUUAUUAUAUGUACGAAGCUAAUGGUAAUGUUUUUAGUUCGUGUAUAUUAUUAGGUUGGUUAAUGACAGCGGGAAAUCCUUUCUUUGGCUGGAAGAGUGGGUGCGUGAGAGGAUGAACUGCACAGAUGUCAAAACAGACGUUGUUGUCAAGAACAAAUGAGGAGAACGGCAGCGGUCAGGAUUACUUGAGAUGCUGGGUGCGUGGUAUGGAGAGCGUUUUGACGACUGUGAUGACAAGACAAUACACAGUGCUGACGCGGAAUAAGAGGUCGCUUUCAGUUCCACUUGGAAAGACGUGCCGAACGCAGGUACCACACUACACAGUUUUUUUCGACGAAAGCUCUCGGGUGUUGCCAGCACCGAUUCUAAAUACGAUUUCACAGAUCACUUGGUUGUUUUCUUGGCCUUCUCGCAACCCCCGCUCACUUUUCGAGCUAUCGUUCGUAUUGAGAGCGUUGUUGUUUUUACCUGCAUCUGUUGUACGGCACGGCCAGUCAAGGUGCGAUCGUUUCAGUCGCCCUUAGCUCAUUUUGUCGGGCAACGCGUUCUUGGACGGGAAAAGGCUGAUCGCCGUUGUUCGCGAAGAGCGUACAAAACAGGUGCUGCGAAAGGUGGGGUGCGGGCAGGACGUCAUGCCCACCUGUGCUGUGGAUCUGUUGGCUAAUAUGAACGGAGAACCCAUGGCUGAUAUUUCUACAUUUUAAUUUAAACGACCAAUAGAGAUAUCUCUGUUUGUUCUUUAGGACGCUCACCUGUCCAAACCGGAUGAUUGAGAUUAUCAAUCUCAUUACUCCCUCUGUCCGAGAAUAUAAGCAAGGUUUGGACAAAAAGCAAUAGAACUCGUGUCUGCCGAACUCUUUUUCCGAACGGUUUUUUUUUCUGGUUCCGCCGCACUGGCGCGCAGCGCGCAGAACCGCUGCUCUUUUCACACCACCUCAACAAAGUGUGUUGCACCCCAGCACAACACGCCCGAUUUCACCACCCCAACUUUGGAGCCCCGGUCAAACGCCUUCCCGUCUGCUGGCGGGACAUGUCUGCUGCUGGGAGUGCCUCCCAGGGGCUCAAACGCAAGAAUUUCAACGUUUCGGAGAGAGAAGAGGUGGGAGGGGGGGCUGCAGGGGGGCCAGGGGCGGCGUAGAAUGAGGUGGUUGCGGUGUACUCCGGAGUAUGCAGUAGAUCGUGUGACCGAGAAGUAGCAGGGAGCGGCUGCAGUGGGGCAAGGGGCGGCCGAUUACGGUUUCGCCGGACUGUGUAAACGGAGACGGCUGCCAUGGAGUAGAGUUGUUUGGCUACCGAGGCUGAUGGGCAGGCGCAGAAACAGGCAGCAGGUUCGGGGCGCGGGUCAUGUUGGUUUUCUAUGAUGACGUGAACACGGGGAUGAUAAUUAACCAUCCCCUCCCUUUUCGUGAUGCUCCAUGUUUUUUCAUCCAAAAAGUGGCGUUAUGUCUAAUUCUAGCUCUUCGAAGUACUUUCAUCACACUGGACAGAUAUUACGUCCUGUCGCUGGGUAUGCCAAAAUUCCGCCUUUUCCCGGACCAGGGGAUGGUAACGCACCAUCCCCCCCCAUCGAGCGGAUUUUUUUUUUUCUCUCUCCAAUGUCAUAUGUGAUCGUUUGCCAAAGUUGUCCGACGUCCACCGUGCCCAAAUGGCACGUUUCCGUCAAUAUUCUUCAAACCUUGCUUAUAUUCCCGGAUUUCCA